CACCGACCAACUCCUGCAGCGGCUUACGUCAUACAUAAAUAAGGUAAGUGAAUUUAAUAAGAGGAUUUUCACUUUCUAUAAAAUUUUUGAGCUUUUUAAAAACCGAGCUGGUAAAUAUAAGAAUUUUUAACAAAACAUGUCGCGGCCACGGUACAAUGUGCGUUUCUCGAUAAGUCCGGAUAAAGUUAACUCCAAAGAAGAGCAAACGGUAUGGACAGAAUGGAAAGUAGCUGUUUAUGGAUUAGUGAUAUCAUUAUUAAUUAUAGUUGUGAAAUUUUUCACCAAUUACGGAAACCAGUUAGAAAAAACAUUCAUUGAAGACAAACUGGUGUAUUACAAAGUUUGGUCUGAAGAUGGACAAGAGAUGUUUACAACAACAUGGAAACAUGCUGCCAAAUACAGUAAUAUCUGGUUGCCAAUCGUAUGUGGUGUUCUGAGCUCCUAUUUCACUUGGAUGAUGGUUUAUUUGGAUUCGAAUGAGCCUGGCGUACAACCACCUAGUCCAUUCUCGCCCAAAAAGUACAAGGAACAGUCUGGACACACUUUUCAUCUGAACUAUGUUUUUGCCAUAAUUAUUGGAUUUCUAGUCAGUGGAUAUAUGUUUAUGAGAGGAGUUUGUAUAGUAUAUUGAAGUGCUUAUAAUAUAUUUAGGAUUCAUGAAAAAUGUUUACACAAAACUCUUAUAUAUCAUCACAAUUCUAAAAAAAUUGAAAGCUAUUAAUUAAGUUUAAUACACUUUUAACAAAUAUUUAAUUUAUGGCAAAUUGGGGUAUAAUUGUAUAAUAAAUAUAUGUUCAUUUCAACAUAAAUAGUUUUUGAAAAAACAAAUUACUGCAGUGCUUCAAAAAUAUGACAAACGUUAAGCAGCAUGUUACCUACCACAUACAGUUGUUCUGUUGGAUAUUUGCACAAACGUAAUAAUUCAUUUGCAAACAAGUUAAAUCAAAAUAUUAAUGGCCGGUUUCCCCAAUGACAAAUAGUAUUAGUUUAUUCAAUGAAUAAAGUUAUUCGGCCAAUAAACUGACACCGUUACGUUUUACUAACGUCAAACAACAUUUUAUUUUUAUUUAUUUAUCGAAUAAUUAUUUACUCUUCGAAUAAAUUGAUAGGUUAAUCUCAGUUUAAAUAUAUAUAUAACAAAGAAAAUUCGUCAGUUUAACUUUAAGUGUGCAAGUACUUGGAAGGGAUACGAGAAACCAUCAUGCGCGAAUAGCGGAGAAAUCUUGCAACUCUCCUAAAUAAAUCAUAUUGUCAAUUGAAAUUGUCAAAUUGACGUAUAUUUCAUACCUACUGUCAUUGAAGUAGAAAAAUGAUAUGUUGCUCCACAAUAUUGAUAUUGUAGGAUUGCAUUCAUUAGCAAAUACUUUCGUUACGAAUUCUUAAAUUAUUCUGACAUUUGCAGAAUAAUCAAAAAACGCUAUGGAUAGGUUGAGCAUGUCAUUGUCAAGCGACAGUCAGUCAGUCACAUUUGAGUAGAGUGUGAGUAAAGACGACGAUGUGAAUGCAGACGGCAUUUCAUAUCAUUAAUGAUGAAAGACGUAUUCAUAUAUUCAUAUUCUUGCUAUCAAACCCUGUUCAGAUGUCAAGUGUUAAUUACCGUUUAAAUAAGUUAUAUUAUACUUGUAAUUUACGAGUUCAACAAUAAAGUGUUCUAUCCUUCUAUCCUCAUAUCGACCUGUGGAAAAUUAAUCAAACUCUAGACUCUAGACAAACAGAAGAUAAAAUCCUACAAUAUUAUGAUCAGCAAUUAUUUUAUAAAAGUAAAUUUAAUUAAUUGCAUUUUGCUUGCAGUACUGCAUUUUAAUAAUUAAUUUUAUUUACUACAUACAAUUACGUAUUUUUUAUGGGAAAUAAGCCACAAUUUUACUAAAAAAUGAAUUUAUUAACGUUUCGAAGCCCAAAUCGGGUUUCGUUGUCAAAAUACAAAAUAGUAUUUUGUAUUUUGACAACGAAACCCGAUUUGGGCUUCGAAACGUUAAUAAAUUCAUUUUUUAGUAAAAUUGUGGCUUAUUUCCCAUAAAAAAUACGUAAUUAUAAAAAUGCCACAAGGAAAUAGCUUCAGAACAACAUUACUACAUACAAUUGUUUACCUUUUAAUAACAUAACCUAAAUCUUACUUUUUCUUCUUAUAAUUUUUUUGGGCUAUGGCCUUGACAAUUAUCCAGCAACCAGGACUAAUAUAAUAGGGAACUUGCAUAAAUUUUUAAAUUCGAAAAAAAUGUUAUAAAUCACAACAGAACAUAAUUUAAAACAUGUAUCAAAGAUAAAAAAGUUUUGUUUGUCUUUCGUUUGCCCUAAAGACGAUUAAAAAUUCAAAUUAAAACAGGUGGUCCAAAACGCGUCGUGACGUCACUGGGUUGUACAUUUACAUUUUUCCAAUAAAGUAAACAGAAUUUUAAAUUAGACGUUAUAAACGUCAGUAGAAAAUACAUUUAUGUGACGUUACAAGUGUUUUUGAUCGUUUGAACUAUUCAUAGAAAAUUUUUCUUUUACAAAAUGGUUUUAUUUUCAAUAGUAAACCUUCGUUCCUUUCCUUCAAAAACAGUAUAAAACUCUAAUUUUAACAAACUGGUAUAUAUUAUUACAAUGACAUACGAUAAAUGUCAUUAGAAUAUAAAUAUUUUUCAUUUUCCCUUAUAAAUAUUUUUGACUUAUUCCACGACGAUGAGCUGGCCAAAUACCCAAGUAGGUGGAGGCCAAUAAACUAAAGAAGGGGAAGAAGAAUAUACCUAAAUAUAAGGUUGUGUCUAGGUAUACGUUAACGUGUACGCAAAUAAAAAAGUUAGAGUGUCUGAUUUCUUAUUUUUUAUUUGUUUAGUGUUUGUUUUUAAAUUAACUAUGGAGUGUGGACAGUUAUUUAGUUCUUUUAACGAGUUUAAGAACAUUUUAAAACAGUACAAAAAAGAUAAGAGACGAUAAAUUAAUAUAUAUUUUUUUAGUUAUAAAUGAAAUAGUAUUACCGUCCAAGAUUAAAAUAAAAGGAAGGCCUAAGGGCCGGUUGUUCGAACGCUAAUCAACAAUGAUCACUAUCAAAUAUUUAAUUACUGUCACCAACUGUCAAUGUCAACUUUUAUUGGGUUGCUGAAAACAUAAUUAUUGAUUACAAUUAUGAAAUUAGUUAAUCAAUUAUGUUAAUAAUUGUUAUGUUAAUUGAUUAACUAAUCUCAUAAUUAUAAUCAAUUAUGUUUUCAGCAACCCAACCAAAGUUGACAUUGACAGUUGUGACAGUAAUUAAAUAUUUGAUAGUGAUCAUUGUUGAUUAGCAUUCGAACAACCGGCCCUAAAGCUUUCACAAAAAUAAUUAACUUGUUCUGAAGCUAUUAUCCUUGUGGAAUUUUUGUAAUCAACUAUUCUAAAUGAGAACUAAGCCACAAUUUAACUAAAAAAUUGAUUUUAUUAACGUUUCGACGUCUAAACCGGAUGUCGUUGUCAAAAUACAAAAUAUUAUUAAAUUAAACAAAAAUUGCUUAGUAAAAAAUUUUUUCUAAUAAUUUAUUUAAUCUGACUAAUUUUUGUAUUUUGACAAUGACAUCCGUUUGGACGUCGAAACGUUAAUAAAAUAAUUUUUUUAGUUAAAUUGUGGCUUAUUUUGCAUUUAGAAUAGUUGAUUAUAAUAAUUCACUUACAUAUAGAAAUUAUUUUAACAAUAUUUUGUACCUACAUGUCAUGUCAACUAAAUACAUAUAAUUAUUUUGCUAACCUAAAUAUAUACUUUUAUAUAUACACAUUGAUUUAUUACAAUUAAGUUUGAAACAUUUGAAUAGUUCUGCUUCCCUUCCGUUAACAAAUAUUUUUCUAUCAAACAAACACUAAACAUAUCAAAAUAGCAUGUACUAAAAUGUAUAGUCACUGCGCAAGCUAAAUAAUGACGUCACUGGCUUGAUGAAGUUUAAUCGCGUCUACCUAACUUUUUUAUUUGCGUACACGUUAGCGUGUACCUAGACACAGCGAAAUAUAACCAUAAUCAAAACUAAUGCAAAACUAUGUGACGUCACGGGCCGUUUGAACUAUUUUAUACCGUAGAAGAUUUUAAAUAUGUAUUUCUAAGUUAUUACGAGUUUUUGAAGAGUGAAAUUUUGGAAAUCUCAUUUUUAAACAAAACUGUACAUUAUUAUCUAAUAAAAAAAAUGUGCAAGUUCCCUAUUGGCCAAUAUAAUUAAAAGUGCGAAAAAUGUUGCUGAGCUAUGAAACCAGGUGUCGCGUGUCGCGUCGCUUUUCCGAACUUGCACGGUCCCAAUAAAAAGUAAUUCGUGAAUAAUUUCAUGCAUGUGCAAAGAUCUGCUAAAACAACUGUACAGAUUAUGUUAAAUCUCUAGUAAUCAGCCUACUAUUUUGUAGAUAGGAUUUGAAAUAAAAAUAAAGUUUUACAUCAUAUUAAGUAUAAAAUAAUUUAUAUAUAAAAAUUUAUAUUAUGACAACCAAGUAUUUUGUACUUUAGUUUGCACAUUAAGGGAUGUUGGUAAGAAGGAAUGAUAAUUUUUUUUAUUAUUAUUACUAAGCUUUUGAAUGAUGAAACUAAUUAUUUUUUACAUUGGUUGGCAGCAUUAGUUAUUAUAUCAUUUUUCAUGUAUCUUUAAAUAAACAAGUUAUUAGGUACAAAAUAUAAACGAUUUUAUUUAAAAAAAAAUUGUUUAUAUUAUUGGCAGUGGAGCUAAAUAAAAUACUUAUAUAUUUUUAUUAAUGUUUUAGUCUGGAUGAUUUAUUGCAUUGACACUUAAGAUAACUUUUUUAUGUGCAAAAACCUACUAUUUAUACUUGAAAGUGUGAAAUAUUUGUCAUUGAUGUCACUUGAAUUUUAAAAACAAUUUUUUAGGAGUGUCCUAAAAUUUUCUUAAGGUAUAUAAUGUAGUUUUGUUGUCUAUAUGAGAUAGUCCAAUCAGCACAAACUGUGGAUUGCCAAUUUCUCUGUAACUGUCUAAAAACAUUCAGUGUUGUCGUUUGGUUACAAAUGAACUCAAUGAAUUACAUUUUUUUUAAGAUACCAAAGUGAAGGGCAUUUUAAGAGAAAUUGUCCUUAAAUGGAAUAUAUGUUAUGAUAUUGAAUGUUGCUGUAUUCAAAUUUUUUGAAACUAUAUUAUUUCUAUUAACACGUUCACUGCAUAUAUUUUGUUGAGUUUUUCACCCAGAGGCUGAAUUGAGCUAGUGUGAGUACUUCUCACACUAACCGUUGGAAUGUAAGUAAACACAUGUCGUUCAGUGGCGACAACCGGACUAGAGAGGGAAACUGAAUGUUGCUGGUGAGCGACAUGUGCAGCAAAUGUGUUAAAAUUUAUAAUAAUUUCUAUUUUUAUCUCAGGAUUUUUGAAAAUAUAUAUAUAUAUAUAUAUAUAUAUAUAUAUAUAUAUAUAUAUAUAUAUAUAUAUAUAUAUAUAUAUAUAUAACAAGGUUGAAAUAUUGGGGUAGCAGCAAUCUUAAAGAAAACUCUUUAUAAUAAUUCCAAGCUUUCGAUAAUGUUUAUUAUCAUCUUCAGGGAAACUACAAAUAUAAAUAUACAGUAUUUAACAAUUAGUCUAACUAAAAUCAAUAAAAAUUGUUAUCUUUGUGCUAUCAAAAAUCCAAAACACCAUAGUUUUCUCUCACUAAAUCAAGUGUCUAGGAUCCCCAGAAACACAAAAAUAACAAAAUAUUGCUCUGAGAAAUGCAGAGCUAAUACUCUCACUAGAAACACCGCAUAUCACAGAACAACCUUACUAAAAAAUUAUUAUUUAUAUGUUUUGGUACUUACAUUAUUAUAUAUAUAUAUAUAAUACCAAUUAGACAUACAUAAUUUUUAAAAAAAUAUUUUAGCUUUUAUCGCUUUAUACUCAGAUUUUUAUAAGUUUUUAUAUAGUUUUUACUUUAAUUUAUAUUAUUUACUAUUUACCAAGACAAAAUUUCAUUGUUAUGUCAGUAUUUAACAACUAGGCUCUACAUCCUCAAAUAAUGUAAGUACCAAAACAUAUAAAUAAUAAUUUUUUAGUAAGGUUGUUCUAUGAUAUGCGGUGUUUGUAGUGAGAGUAUUAGCUCUGCAUUUCUCAGAGCAAUAUUUUGUUAUUUUUGUGUUUCUGGGGAUCCUAGACACCUGAUUUAGUGAGAGAAAACUAUGGUGUUUUGGAUUUUUGAUAGCACAAAGAUAACAAUUUUUAUUGAUUUUAGUUAGACUAAUUGUUAAAUACUGUAUAUUUAUAUUUGUAGUUUCCCUGAAGAUGAUAAUAAACAUUAUCGAAAGCUUGGAAUUAUUAUAAAGAGUUUUCUUUGAGAUUGCUGCUACCCCAAUAUUUCAACCUUGUUUCCUAACUAUUCAGCAAAGAUUAUAUACCUGUUAUAUAUAUAUAUAUAUAUAUAUAUAUAUAUAUAUAUAUAUAUAUAUAUAUAUAUAUAUAUCUCAAAGGUUCAUGCAUAUUAUCAAAAAUCAUUUUAUAAUUUGGUAUAGAUGACUACAUGUUGUCAUCUAGAGUUUGCUCGAAUUUACUCGUAAUAUUAUUUAUUACAAUAUCUAAUAAACUGUUAUCUUAAUAUGUAUAUUGCGUCAGAAAAUAUGUAUUUUGUGUUGGCAUAAAUUUACAGGUCAUUAGAAAUGCCCGCUCGUCAUCUAAGAAACCUUUUACACUCAAAAAUUAUAUAUGACGUCAUUGACAACUAUUUUGUUCUUGGUUUAUAGCUCUCAUUAGUAAUAGUGAGUCAUAUAAAGUUAGAAUAUGGUAAAAAGGUAAGAAGGUUCAUAUGCAAUGUAAUAAUCCAGUUUUUACUAAUUUGACAAAUUUGGGGUCAGUAUUUAAAUGUUUAGGUUUAUGUAUUGAUGUUGUGGUUAUUUUUUAGGGAUUCAUUUAUUUAUUUUUUUAACACAACAUUUUUGUAGUUUAGGUUUCCCAUCAACAUAAACUGCUAUAUAGGUAUUUCCUUCAAAGCCAAUGAAAUAUUUCAAAUGUCUAUUUUACCACUGAAUUUACCCAACUUUCUUAUUAAAAAGGACUUUGUUUUUUCCUUUCAUGAAAAUUGAAGCCUGGUCUGUUCUGAAGUCAAAUAUUCUAUCAUCUUAGUUACAGAACACCCAAAUUAAUAAUCUAUGUAACAAUAAAUACAUUCAACAGAAAUCUACGAUUCAUAACUGAUAUGAACGAGAAUUUAAAAAAAUAUUUUCAAAGUACUCUCAGAACAAUAUUUAAUAUACAAUAGAUGGAUGUGACCAAAAUGCAAAGAAUAAAAGAGUAAUAGAAAUGGUAAAAUGUAGAUAAUGUAGUCAUAUGCUGUAGAUAAUAAGUCAUAAACUUAUUAGAAUUCCAUUUUUCAGUGUAUUAAUACAAUUGUGUAAUCCUGAGUUUAUUGUGAAUUCAUAAAUAAUCCAACAGUAAUCUCUUUACCAGGGUGUAUUUAUCUAUAUUCGGAAAAAAUUAAAUUGGGAUAUUAAUCACAUUUUUUUUGUAUUGAGUAAAAAUGAUAAAACGGAUGAAACAUUAUAAUGUCUAUACCCGAAACAUUUAGGAGCAGCUGUAAAAAAAUGGAAAGACACUUUUUACUUUCAAGAAAAAUGUUUCUUUUUUGGAAUGUACGAAAUUUUAAUUUACUUGAGUGUCAAAAUUUUAUAUUUUUAUAGAAUAAAACACUUUUUCAGGGAAGUUUAAAGUGAAAUGUGUUUCCUAAUCAAAAUAAUUAGUAGAUAGUGUAUAUUUUUAUCAGAAGAGUUUGUUAUUGAAAUGCUUAUUUAUUUUUAUAUAUUUAUUUUUAUUUUUUAAAGGAAUGGAUUGUAUUUAACUUUGUACAAUAAAAAAUAAAACUUUA